CGUGCACACGUAUGUCGUCGCUAUGCGUACUCACGAGGGGGGAGGGGCACGUAAACAGAGAAUUCCAAAAAGGAAGGGAGUGUUUCUUUCAACUGAUAAACCAGUACAUCAAGGUUAAAAUCAUGCCCAUUCGCCGAUCAGCUGCAGCACCGCCCAAAGAGGAUGCACCUCCUGCAAAUGCCCCCGAGGGAGACACUCCUGCCGAAGGCUCUGCACCUGUAGGCGAUAAGGAGAAAGAGAAAGAUUUGGCGGCCGCUGAACCUGAAACUACGGAGGAAAAGAAAGCAGGAGGUGAAGGUGAGGAGGCGAACGCUGAUGAUGAAGAGCAGGCCAAGGAUGGGGGAGAGACGCCUGAUGAGGGUGAGAAAUCUGAAGAAGCUGCGGCUGAACAAGGAAAGAGCAAGAAGAAGAAAGUCAAGGAUGUAGUAGCCAAACUUGACAAGGAAGAUGACAAAGGGAAAAAGGUGAAAAAGAAGAUUCCUGCUUGGGCAACCAUUGCCGCCAACAAACUGGCUUCAACAUCGCUUUCCCAGCCCAAGGUUGAAGAAAUCAUCAUGGAAGCAAUUGAGAGUUGCAAAGAGCGGCGUGGCAUCUCUGCGAUCACCAUUAUGAAAUAUGUCAUGAAGAAAUAUCCAUCUGUGGAAAUGGACAAAAAGACCAAAAACCUCUACAAGAGGGCUUUGAAGCGAAUGGUUGAGAGGGGCACUGUGAAACAGCUGAAAGGCAAGGGCUUCUCUGGAAGUUUUGCCAUUGGGAAGAAGCCAGCUGCGUCUGGAGGGUCGAAAGAGACGUUGGGAGAAUCUCUGCCUCUGAUCAUCACCCGCCUGUGUGAACCCAAGGAGGCUUCCUACAUCCUAAUCAAGAAGUACCUGGAGCAACACUUUCCACAACUCAAUGUGGAUAGCAGGCCUGAGGUGUUGAAGAACUGCCUGCAGAAAUCUGUGGAAAAUGGCUUCUUGGAGCAGAUCACUGGCAAGGGAGCCUCUGGAACAUUCCAGCUGAAGAAAGCUGGAAAUAAAGUUCUCAUGGGUGGCGGACUCCUGGAAGAUGCCAUAGUGGCUGCCAUCACAGCCAUGAAUGAGCCCAAGACCUGCAGCAUCACCAUACUGCGCAAAUUCCUAAUGGAGAAACAGAAGGAGCAAAACAACUAUUUCAUCGUGUCAAACCUGAAGAGAACCUUGCAGAAGUGUAAAAUGAUGGGAUGGAUGGAGCAGAUUUCUGGUCAUGGACUUAGUGGGUCAUACCAGCUAAGCUAUCCGUAUUAUCCAAGCCCGGCGGUUCUGUUUCCCGAAAUGAUGGCAAAACUUAAACAGAAGGAAGAACAGAAACUCAAACGCAAGAGAGAUGAUGACUCUGAUGAAGAAUCCGAAGAGGAAGAAUCAGAAGAGGACGAGCCUCCUCCAAGAAAGAGGACCCAGCGUUCAAACCGGACGCCUGCGUCUAAAGCUCGUCAAAAUAAAAGGGCUAAAACGGUCAGCAGAAAACCUCCUGCUUCAAAGAGAUCCAUUGCAUCGGCCAAGAAAGCGCCUCCACCAGCCAAGAAACCAGCUGCUGCCAGCAAAGCAGCGUCCAGAAAGGCACCAGAGCCUGUUAAAGCCACACCAGUCAAGAAAGCCGCCCCGACCAGUAAACCGAAAACACCAGUAGCCAAAAAGAUGACAAGCAGGGGGUCCAAACGGCCGUCGCCCAAGGCAGCUAAGAAGGAGGCAGCUGAAUCUUCUGUGAAGGCUAAACCGGCCGCCCGCAAGUCACUCCGAGCCCGGAAAUGAAUCCCGACGGCUGAAAAGAUCAACUGUAGCUCCGUAGACUGCAGUGCUGGCUAUUUUCUCCUCUUAUUUUUGUAGAAACUUCCAUGUUCUCCUCAUCUUGGGGCCUCUGAUGAAUAUAGGACCUCUUCAAAUACAGGCAUUUUAUGUUCAAUAUUCUUAAACUACAGAUAAAGAUAUAGAGUAGAAAUGCUACUGUUUGUGUUAAAAUGCUCAUUCAGGAAAACCGUUAUGAGAAUGUUAAGAAGGAGCCGUUCUCAGUUGUGUAUUGACAAAAAAUCAAUUAUUUAAAGUUCUUGUAGUCAGUCCUUCUGUAGAGGCAAGCGUUUCGGUUAUUCAGUCGCCCCUUUCUCAUCAGUGUUCAAGAAACCUCCUUUUGUAAGUUUUAUUUCGGUCAUGUUUUGUGAAGUUAGGUCUUUAGCUACUAUUGUAAUCAAAAAAGCAUUUUGUUGAUGUUGGUUCUUUCGUGUAAGUCAAAGUAAAGAACGAUUAUUGAUGCCUAACUUUCUGUUGAACAGCCUACCUGAAUGCAAAAUUGGAUUUAUUACGAUGCAUUAAAGAAACGUUGGCAUCCAUAUCCACAACUGUCUUUUUGUUCUGUAUAGUCUAUGAAGAAGAAUAUAAGUUGAGAUGAUUUUCCGAGCAGAUGUUUAAAACGUUAGACACUAUUAACCCGGUCAUACUCUUGCGUGUUAGUUUAUCAGGGGGGGUUAGAUGUAAUUUUAUGAGCAUUGCUCACCUUACCCUGCAUGCAUGUAACUGAUAUACUUUUCUGUAGUCCUUAAUAAAGUGACUAUAUUUGUACUUCA